AGGAGUCCCCUUAUAAUCAAUAUGAACCUAAUUUUAAUCAUAACUUUCAAAAUAACCACUCUUUUAUGAAUAAACAAAUUCCAAACAAUUCUAACCAAAAUUUUCAAAACAAUUAUUCUUUCAUGAACAAACAACAUGAACACAAUCUUAAUCACAACUUUUAUAAUAAUCACUCAUUUAUGAAUAAACAAUUUCAAAAUAGUUAUUCACCACAAAAAAGAAAUAACGGGUCGUAUAAUUAUCAAAAUACUUCUUAUCCUAAACAUGAAAGAGACAUUAGAAACCAAUCGUAUAACAAUUAUUGCAACACUAAUAACAAUACGUUACAAAAACAAUUCCCAAUUUUCACAAAUACUAACAGAAAUUUUAACAAUUAUAACACAAUACAAGACAACUUCAAAAUGAACAAAACACAACACAAUAAUUACAAGAAAUAUAGCGACAAUUAUCAAUAUCCCAUAAAAAAUAGCACAAACAAUAUCAAGUGUGCCAUUUGCGCAAAGUCUAAUCAUAAAACACAUGAAUGUUUUUACAAAGAUGCUAAAAUUAUAUGCCAAUUAUGUUCUAAAAUAGGACACUCAGCGUUAAAUUGCACUAAUCAGUCAAAAAACGCACAUUUAGGUUAAACGAUCAUGCUGAAACAAACAGUUCACCUUUUCAUUCAGCAUAUAACAAUAUUAAUAACAUAACACUAACACUUACUCCUAUUGCUUUACACUUCUAUGCUUUUUAACAAUAUAACAAUACCAAUAACCAUUGACACUGGAUCAAACAUAUGUUGUAUCACACAUAAUUUAAUACCAAAAGACAAAUUAAUAGAAACAUGCACUUUACAAAUAGGAGGUCCAGAUAAUACACCAUUAAAAGUUUUAGGGGUAACUUCUAUUAUUAUCUCUGCAAAUUCUAUAGAUUAUAAUGUAACGGUAUACGUGGUUGAAAAUCUAUCUUGCCUUAUACUUCUGGGCAAUGAUUUUCUAGAACAAAAUAACAGUAUCAUAGAUUUUGAUAAUCAAAUAAUAAUAUUAAAUAACAACAACAUAAUAACAACACAUCUUUCAUGUCAACAAAACAUAAAUCAACUGAAUACCAACGUCAUCGAAAAAACAAUAGACUUAUUCGAAACACAUGAAAAAUAUUCAAUUGCACAUUGUAUUUCAGCUGACCUAAAAAUGAGUAAAGGUAUAGCAUUGGAUAUAUGCAAAAAAUACGGAAAUUUGACUUCAUCAUUACUACAAUCAAAUCCACAAAUAGGAGAUGCUAUUCCACUUGUUGUCAAUAAAAGAGUUAUUUACUUCUUAAUAACAAAAAAUUAUUAUUUUGAAAAACCACAAUAUGAUGACAUCAAAAAAACUCUAGAAAAUUUAAAAUUACAAAUGAUAAAACACCAUGAUACAGACAUUGCAAUACCAAAGAUAUCAAAUGGAUUAGAUAAAAAAGACUGGACAAUCAUUAAACAAAUAAUUAUUUCAAUAUUUAAAAAUACUAGUAUCAAUAUACUCAUAUGUCACAAAGAAAACACAUACUGUGCAAAUAAAUCUCAAGUCAAUGCUGUAACAUUAUUCCCUGAAGAUAAUCAAAAUUUGGACAACUCACAAAAAAACAUGGUUACAUUAUUUUCAGAAAACAAUCAAAAUACCACAAACCAAGAAAAAAAUAAUUUUUUGAAAGUUUUUGAAAAACAUAAAAAAGGAGAAAAUCCACCUAAAAAUGGGGCCUGUGGAUUAAUAGCAAUAUGUAACGCAUUAAACUCUGAUAAAAGCCAAAGAAUAACUUCCAUUUCAGAACUUCUUGAGCUUCUAAACUUAAAUGAAUUACCAAAUUACUGGUUCAGCGACCAAGAGCUUGCUUCCAUUGCAGCAUACUACAAUUUUGAUACAUACAUAUAUGAUGAUAAGAACAAAACUGGAAUAAUUUAUGGUUUAGGAAAUCAACCUCCAGUUGUCCUAUACAAUGUAGACAACAAUACACAUUGGGUUCCAGGCAUUCUAACUAACAAAAUAUCAAAACACGUUCCCACAAGUUACGUGAACUUUACAGAAAUUGAUCCAAUAAAUAAAAUAAAAGAAACUUUAUCCAAGCUUUUUCACAACAAAAAUUCUUCAUCACCUAAAAACAAUUCCAUUAAAGAAAUAACUAAUCAUAUAAUUAACAAUAUAAAUCUUAACACUAACACAGAUUUAGAAACAAACAAGAAAUACGUCACAGAUAUGGAGGACAUACCAAUCAACAUUUCCCAACACUUAUCUGUAUCUGAACAUAAUCAAGUUGCUAACCUACUUGAACGAUACAAACAUUUAUUUGUUAAUGACAAUGCAAAAAUAAAGGCAGCAAAUGUAACGCCUUGUGAAAUAAAAUUAAAACCCAACUCCACAGAUCCAAAAUUUACUGCACCUCACAGAAUAUCACCUCAACAAAGACAAGAAUUAAAAAAUCAGUUAGAUAAACUUUUAGAAGCUAACAUAAUAAAGCCAAUCACAUCAAACUUUGGAGCACCUGCAUUUUUAGUAAGUAAAAAAGAAAAAAAUUCUCAUCGCCUAGUGGUAUCAUACAAAGAAUUAAAUGAUAGGGUACAAACCGACUUAUAUCCUAUUCCAAGAACUUCAGACCUACUGAGAGCAUUAGAAAACUCACAAUACUUCAACUUACUCGAUUUUAAUUCAGCCUUUUUUCAAAUACCUGUUAAAAUCUCUGAUCAAUAUAAAUUAGCAUUUACAUCAGCACUUGGACUUUUUACUUUUACAAGAUUACCUGAAGGUUUUAAAAACAGCAGUGCUAUCUUUCAAAGAAAACUCAAUGAAAUUUUUUCACCUUUAUUAUAUAAAUCUUUAAUCAUAUAUAUAGAUGAUUUAACUUCAUAUGGAAAAUACAUUAAAGACACUCUUAUUUGCAAUACACCUAUGAUCCAAACAGAACACCCAAUGCUACUUAUCCUCGUGAAUGAAAAUCAUAUAAACAGCAUAAAAUCAAGAGCUCCCUCACCACACAAUACCGACUUAAUAGCAUACGUAAACACAAAAUUUGUCUGGCUAGCUCAUCAUAUGGCCACAACACUAUCAGAAUUAUAUACCGACAUUACUUUAAAACAAUGUUUACAAGAACGAAAUUUACUACUUCAUAAAUUGUCAUUAGCUUCAUAUAGCCUAACAGAAUUUGCAUAUUCAAUAUGUAACAACCCAGGAUGUAUGGCAAUCAUAAGCGGUGAAAUCAUUUAUCUUAUUAAAUGCAAACCAGUACAAGUUCAAAUAGCAAAAAAGGAAUCAUGUUAUCAUAAACUACCUGUCAUCUAUCAAAACAAUACAUAUUUUAUGCUACCUAAAACUCAUACACUACAAAGAUUUGGUACUCAAAUAACAUGUAACACAUUAUUACCUUCAGCAUAUCUUCUCGAUGAAAACUGGUUUGGUCUAACUCCACAAUUAAUUGAUGUAAAAGCACCACAAAUUUUAAAACCUAACACUAAAUUCACUUGGAAUUAUAAAUCUCCUGAUCAUCUCAUAUCAGCAGGAAUAUAUAAUAAAGAAACAAUGACUGCCUUUCAAAAACACUUGAUGUUUCCACACGAAGCGACAGCAAUUCAAAACAACAUAGUACGACAAACAUUAGGUUAUGAUAUGGCUGACCAAAAAUUAAAUCUUUACAGACUAAUCGACCCGAACACAAUAAGUAAUUUAGUAGAAAAUAAAAUAUAUCAAAUGUGGGGCUGGUUUACCUACUUCGGCUCACUAAUGUCAGGUAUACUAGGAAUAGUUUUCACUUUCAAAAUCAUCUCUACAACUAUAAAUGCAUUCAUGAACGUAACCCUACUUUACAAUACGUUCGGAUGGAGUGUAAGAAUAUUGGGAGGAUUAUUUAAUAAUAUCACUCAUCAUUUAAUGCAUAAACAUCAUCAACAAAACAAUAACAUGAAUAAAGCUGAAAUGGUGAACAUUAAAAAUACAACAAAAAAUGAUACGCCAACAAGAAUUUCUAUUCAACCUGCCUUUUAUCCUACAUUACAAACUCAAUAAAUUCAGAAAUUCAGAAUAAUCAAGCAUACUAUCCUACGGG